AUGUCAAAUCAAUCAAAAGGUCGCUCUGGUGGUGUGCUGCCUGUUAGCGCGGCAGCCAGGAAGAAUGUGAAUCCUUCGUCUACUUCAAAGCCUGGUGGACGAACGCCCGCGCUCAAGCUCAGACUGUGUAUUCGCAGACUACCUCCGGGCUUGACAGAAAGUGAAUUUUGGACCGCCCUAGGUGAAACUUGGAACGUGGGUGGAUCAAAGGUUGAGUGGGCUGCUUUCAAGGAUGGGAAGAUCUCUAGAGAUCCUGCAAAACCAUCGCGCCCUUCCAGAGCGUAUCUGAAAAUCAAAGAACAAUCUCUAUUGGAUGAACUUUCUACAACUCUCAAGCAGAUCUCGUUUCAGGACGCCAAAAACACCGCCAAAGACGCUUGUCUGCUAGGACCACCUUCUCUGGAAUUUGCUCCUUACAAUAAAAUCCCAACCGGUCGUGCUAGGCAUGAUGGCAGACAGGGAACUAUUGACCAAGAUCAGGAAUUCAUCGAUUUUCUUCAACGCUUGACCGAGCCCAUCACAAGAUCGGGCAUAAAUGGCACUGAUGCAAACGACAACAAAGCCGAGAAAUCGUCCACCACACCUCUCGUCCAAUAUAUCAAAGAAAAGAAGGCAAACAAAGCCAAGGAAGCUUCCCAAGCCAAAGCUGCCAAGGCCCGAGAAAGCAAAGAAGGCAAAACUCCCAAGUCUGAGAGUCGAUCAACAGUAGUCAUCAAGGGAAGGAAUGCUCCCACCGCAGAGAAGGAGCGCGUCGCGAAGGUUACCCAAGAUGCUGUCAAUGUCAUCAAUAAACCUGCGGCCGCUAUUCAAGGGGGCAAGCAAGCUCCAUCCAAGACUGAGGUCAAACAGGAAGCCAAAGAGAAGGAGGCAUCGGCGAGUCAGCCAGCAACCCCAAAGAAAGAGCGAGAGCGAGGAAAUGCUAGCGCUGCUGCACGCAUGCUGCAACGUGACUUAGGCCUGCUACCAAAGGAAAGUAAAGCACAGCGUGCCGCGAAAAGAGUAGCCACUCCAAUUAUUGUUGAAAACACUUGCUCUGGAAAGACUCCUCCUGCAGCUUCUAAGUCCGAAAGGGCCAAGAACGACAAAGAGAAAGAGAAAGAAAACCUACCUGCCACGCCUACAACCUCGAAUCCACCGACCGGCCCACGAGCUUCAAGAACACCAAGCGCUGCAUCAACGUCGGCAAAGACUGCCUCUACUCCAUCACAACGCCCCUCAAAAUCAUCUCAAUCAUCUGCAGGUGCGAAAUCAGCCUUCCUCAAACAUGCAAAUCCCUCUCAAGGUAUUACCGAAGACACGCUGCAAACCACUUUCAAGCAAUUUGGGACCAUUACCCGCUGCGAGAUUGAUAAGAAGAAGGGACUAGGCUAUAUUGACUUCAGCGAACCGGAGGGACUCAAAAAGGCGAUGCAAGCAAGCCCGGUCAAAGUGGGUAACGGACAAGUCGUGGUUCUAGAGAACAAAAAUUCUCAAGGAGGUGGAAAGCGAGGCGGUGGUCAGCAGAAAGAGCCCACAAACAAAGCUGCCACGGCUGUGUCGACUCCAGCAGCUUCCCAAGCACAAGUGGGACAAGCCCCAUCAACACCAACCGCAAUCAAGUCCCCAGUUGUCAAGUCAGCAACUCCUGCAACCUCCACACCAACACUGGUAGCGGCAACGGCAGCAGCAACGGAGACAACCGCCGCCACGAUACCCGCAGCUUCAGCAGAUACGCCCCCAACUGCACCCCGAGGCUCAGCCCGAAACGGAGGACGCGGGGGACGUGGUGGAAGCGGUGGUGGUGCGGGAAGAGCUAGCAACAGAGGACCAGGUCAAGGCUCUAGGGGUCGCAGUGGUGGUGGAAGAGGUAAUUCGCGACGUGGCGGCGCAGCGGCAGGUGCAAAUGCGUCGUCAAAUGUAGAUGGAGGUGCCAGCACUGCUACUGCUGCCGCGACUCCAGCUGCUAGCAGUGGUGGUCCUACUCCACAAACGAAGAAGCCCUAA